AUGCAUGAGCUAAAAGUUGGUGUUUUAUAUAUAUUUGCAGACUCUGGGUUCCAUGAUUAUACUUCAGAAUUAAAAUUAUUCCACAAUGAAAUAGUGUCAGAAAACCUUCUUUUUACAGAUUUUAUACUUGAAUCAGAUUUUUUAGUCUUAAUUGAAGAAAAGGAUAAAAAUAUGAUAGAUAUAAAUGUGUAUGAUAAUACAAAUGAUGAUAUGAUGAAUAUAGAUGAGAAUGAAAAUAUGAAAGAUAAAUACAUGAUGGAUAAUUAG